GCCUUUAGGCCGCGCCCCCGAGGGCAGCCCUUUCUCCCGGCCGGCCGAGCUCAUCCACCCACCGGCAGAAGGAGCGGACCCCCCCGGCGGACCCCCCGGAGCGGACGGCCCCAUGGCGGCCACGGAGAUCGCCCGGCAGGCCGGCGAAGGUUGCCGAACUGCCCCCCUCUCGGGACAUGUGGGAUUUGACAGUUUGCCUGACCAGCUGGUGAAUAAAUCAGUAAACCAUGGCUUCUGCUUCAACAUCCUGUGUGUGGGGGAAACGGGACUGGGCAAAUCGACGCUCAUGGACACCCUGUUCAACACCAAGUUUGAAGGGGAACCGGCCUCCCACUCGCAGCCCGGGGUCCAACUCAAGUCCAGCACCUAUGACCUUCAGGAGAGUAACGUGAACCUGAAGCUGACCGUCGUGAGUACGGUGGGCUUUGGGGACCAGAUCAACAAGGAAGACAGCUACAAGCCCAUCGUGGAGUUCAUCGACGCCCAGUUUGAGACUUAUCUCCAGGAAGAGCUGAAGAUCAGGCGGGUCUUGCACAGUUACCACGACUCCCGCAUCCAUGCCUGCUUGUACUUCAUUGCCCCGACUGGCCACUCCUUGAAAUCUCUGGACUUGGUGACCAUGAAGAAGCUAGACAGCAAGGUCAACAUCAUUCCCAUCAUUGCCAAGUCCGAUGCCAUUUCCAAGAGCGAACUGACGAAAUUCAAAAUUAAAAUCACCAGCGAGCUCGUCAGCAACGGGGUCCUUAUCUAUCAGUUUCCUACCGAAGACGAGUCCGUGGCAGAGAUCAAUGGGAAUAUGAAUGCUCAUUUGCCGUUCGCCGUCAUCGGAAGCACAGAGGAGCUGAAGAUUGGCAACAAAAUGAUGAAGGCCCGGCAGUACCCUUGGGGCACCGUGCAGGUUGAAAACGAGACCCACUGUGACUUUGUGAAGCUGCGGGAGAUGCUGAUCCGCGUGAACAUGGAGGACCUGCGGGAGCAGACCCACGCCCGCCACUACGAGCUCUACCGGCGCUGCAAGCUGGAGGAGAUGGGCUUCAAGGACACGGACCCAGACAGCAAACCCUUCAGUUUACAGGAGACGUAUGAGGCCAAGAGGAAUGAAUUCCUGGGUGAGCUGCAAAAAAAGGAGGAGGAGAUGAGACAGAUGUUCGUCCAGAGAGUAAAAGAGAAGGAAGCAGAGCUCAAAGAGGCUGAGAAAGAGCUGCAUGAGAAAUUUGACCGCCUGAAGAAGCUGCACCAAGAUGAGAAGAAGAAGCUCGAAGACAAGAAGAAGUCUCUAGACGAUGAAAUGAACACAUUCAAGCAGCGGAAGACUGCGGCAGAGCUGCAGUUCUCCCAGGGUCAGCAGGCGGGCGGGUCACAGACCCUGAAAAGGGAGAAAGAGAGGAAGAACUUUUUUUAACCUUGUCUUCGGCAACCAUGCUGAGUCUAAAGAAGACUGUUGCGGUAGAAGAAUUAGGGGUCUUAUAUUGUCUGAGAACAAAACCAAGCCCCUACCCCCACGCCCCCCUCCAAAACUCAUCCGUGUUCAUGUCUCGGCCAGAAGCUUUCUCCUGACUUGCAUGGUAUUUUAAGUGGAAGCGUCCUAUCUUCAUGUAACAAGGCAGAUCUCUGGGGAGACCUCCUGCUUUCUGUGCCCAUAAAACUCGGAGGAACGACAGAAUGUACUAAGAGAAACAAGGUACCUCUUAUGCACCCUUGUAAGCUUCCAGGAUGAAGCUGGGCCCAAUCGAUCCUGGGUCUGGAGGUCCCAGAUAGAAGACGUAGUAGUAUGUCUUUUUUCUUGUUUUGAAAAAGCAAAGCAAACAACAAAAACUAAAAAAUAGUUCCCCCGCUCGUGGUUUCUUGGACUAAAUUGCCCUGGCCGCUUUCAGACAUUUCUAAAUUUGAAAGAAAUCCUCGAAGGCAAUGGUCCUACCUCCUGCGGCAUCCAGGAAAAGCAGCUGUGUCCCCUCGCUACCUGCUAACCGGAUGAGCAAGUGAACCCAGGAAGUGGGUUCAAUUGGCUAAGGCACUUGUGAGUCAUUCAACUUUCGGGGGCCUUUUGGACUGAAAAGAGAGUGAAUUUCUUCUUAGGCCAGGAGAUUCAGGGGAGAGCCAACGAUAUAACCGGUAAAUCCAUCCUGAAGCUUUCGUUGGACUGACAUCGAAAUACCGUGUGAGCGGACUCCGCGUCCCCCACCCUCUAUUCGAUCCUGUUUUGCUUGUCUGCUUGUCUCUCUCGAAAUGCAUGUUUUCCCAGAUCUGUAUUUGUUUUUCCUUUCUCUUCCCUCUCCGUGUCCCUUUUUGCCUGUGAAGAUGUGACCCGUCAGGGCACCGUGCCCUCAUCCCCACGAGAAAUCUCACACAACCAACCAGCACUGUUCGGCAUCAAGCCUUUCUAUAUGUCAAUUUUCAAUAAAAAAGAAAAAUAAAUGCAAAAAUCACUA